CGCACUUCUACAAACUUAGCCCCUCUGCCGUCAUUGCUCUGACCUCCAAAACAUACCAAGCAAAGUACAAAAUAUCUUACCCUCUCCACUUCCACGAGUUCAAACAUUUCACAGUCGAAGCUUGAAGGCAGCAAGGACAAGAUGAGUGACAAGGCGGCCACACUGGACUUUGAGAAGUUCCACAACACCAUUGCGGGGAAGCCCCGCGACAGCCCCAAGGUCCACAACGGCGUGAACCCUUCCGAUAAAACCAAGCUCUGGGACGUGCCCAUUGCAACCGAGCACGACCUCGAUGAUGCCGUCAAGUCAGCUCAAGAGGCGUUCAAGAGAUGGUCAAAAACAGCAUGGAAAGAGCGACAGAGCCUCUUGCUCCAGCUUCGCGAGGAACUCCUGAGCCACCGUGUUGAGAUGACGCAGAUGAUCCUGAAAGAAUGUGGGAAACCCAUCCAAUUCGCACAAGGCGAGAUCGACGCCGCUGCAGGAAUCCUGCAAUAUCAUGCAACGGCUCCUCCCCCAGGCGAGCAGACAAUCCAAGACGACGCCGACCUCAAACUCUCUCUCCGCUAUGUCCCCCUCGGUGUCGUGGGUGCCAUCUGUCCCUGGAACUUCCCCCUCAUCCUGUCGAUGCAGAAGAUCGUUCCUGGACUCCUGACCGGCAACACCGUGAUCGUAAAGCCCUCGCCCUUCACACCCUACUCCGCUCUCAAGUUCGUCGAAAUGGCCCAGAAGUACCUUCCUCCCGGCGUCCUCCAGGCUCUUAACGGAGAUGAUCGUCUAGGCCCGAUGAUGACCGAGCACCCCGGCAUCGAGAAGAUCAGCUUCACCGGCUCCAUCUCCACAGGAAAGCGCGUCAUGAUGUCCGCUGCCAAAACACUGAAGCGCGUGACUCUCGAGCUCGGCGGCAACAGUGCAUGCAUCGUCUGUCCGGACGUCGACGUCAACAAGGUUGCUCCCCUCGUCGCCCUCGGCGCAUUCUUCAACUCCGGACAACUGUGUGUAGCCUCCAAACGUCUCUACGUGCACACAGACAUCUAUAAGGAGUUCCAAGAAGCCAUUUUGAACGUCGUGAAGAGCUGGAAGGUUGGUCCCGCUGGUGAGCCGGGCAUGAUGCUGGGCCCUGUGCAGAACGAGAUGCAGUACAACAUAGUCAAGGGCUUCUUUGAGGAUUGUGCUGUUAAUGGAUAUCAGUUUCUGCUUGGUGGGGAGGUUGGAGAUGCGGGUGGGUUUUCGGUGCAGCCGGCGAUUAUUGAUAAUCCGCCGCACUCUUCGAGGAUUGUUGCCGAGGAGCCUUUCGGACCUAUUGUCCCCAUGAUGCCAUGGACCACGGAAGAGGAACUGCUUACUAGAGUCAAUGAUACUCGGACUGGUCUUGGUGGCGCCGUCUACUGCGCUGAUCACGAGAGGGCUGUCAAUAUUGCUAAGCAGAUUGAGGCUGGCACUAUCUGGAUCAACAGCUUUGAGAGGCCGCUCCCGAAUACUUUCUUUAGUGGCCACAAGGAGAGUGGCAUUGGUGGGGAAUCCGGCGAGCAGGGAUUGCUAGCCUACAUGAAUGCUCAGGCUAUCCAUUUGUAUAAAAGCGAUGUUGGGAAGGCCCCGAAAUUGUAGAUGAAUUCUGCUCUUUGUUCCAUACCCGAAUAUAGGUCUUGCUACUUGUUUCCGU